AACUAGUUUCUUCGAAAUUUUUAUCAUUAAAUUGUAGUGAUGACCAUUAAUGAAGAGUAUUUAAAAAACAAACUAAUAAAUAAUCUGGAUGCAUUUUAUGUGUCUGUUCAUGAUGAAUCUGAUGGAUGUGGUGCUAAGUUUAAUGUAAUUAUUGUGUCUGAUAAAUUUGUUGGAAAAACAUUACUUCAACGACAUCGUAUGGUAAAUGAAAUACUUACAGAGGAAUUAAAAGAAAUUCAUGCAUUUUCACAAAAAACUUUAACCAUUGAGCAGUGGAACAAUAUUAAUAAAAACUAGUUAUAUUUAGAAAAUUAAUAUUUUAAUAAUUUCAAAUAAA